AGCAACUGCCUGCAUGUUGUGGAGCCGAUGCCGGUGCCAGGGAAUGACGUGGAGGCCUACUGCCUGCUGUGUGAAUGCAAGUACGAGGAGCGCAGCACCACCACCAUCAAGGUGAUCAUCAUCAUUUACUUGUCCGUGGUGGGGGCACUGCUGCUUUACAUGGCUUUCCUUGUGCUGGUGGACCCUCUGAUCCGGAAGCCAGAUGCUUAUACCCAGCCCUUGCACAACGAGGAGGAAAAUGAGGAUGCUCGCUCCUUGGCCACAGCCCCCACCCCGUCUGGUGCCAGAGCCAACACGGUGCUGGAGCGGGUGGAGGGGGCCCAGCAGCGCUGGAAGCGCCAGGUGCAGGAGCAGAGGAAGACAGUUUUCGACCGCCACAAGAUGCUGAGCUAG